AUGGCGACCGCAGCGUCCACUGCUCAAGCGAGUCAAACUUUUAAACGUUUUAAACGUCUUAAUCGCCCUACUUUUCAGCGUUUCAACUGCGGAUUGCCUCCUAUUUUAACUUUUCCACAAAGAUGCGUGAUUGUCAUUGUUUUAAUCUUUUGCCUGAUCGCUUGCUCGUCACGCUGUCACUUCUUGCCUGACGAUGGGGAGGGAAUCUACUUCCCGACUGCAGGUAGCCAAUAUCUGCUGUUCUCCGGGUUCUUGGAUAUUGGCCGUGCCAGAGCCCCAUCAUCAGCUAGUAAGGAUGGGGUCCCUACGUCGAGCUCUUCUGUUGGAUUCAUCUGGCUGACGCUGCUACUCCUCUUGGCCGGUGACGUUGAGCUAAACCCUGGCCCAGCUAGCCCAGCUAGCCCAGCAGCUAGCUUGGACCUCCCUCCACCUGCGCUGCUUUCUUCGGCGGGCCGUGGCGGUCCCGCACUGGCGGCGAUUGGCCUGGUGUCUGGGUUGCUGGCUCCUCUGGUCUGCUUCGGUGGAGGUCUGCUGGCUGAUUUGCAGUAUCUUCCGGUAUGCUGCGGCGGGACUGUUGAGGUGAUCGCCGGACUGUCGGCCUAUCCUGGCGUUGGUUCAUCCCGGGAGGAUUUCGCUCCUGCUGCGGUGGUGGCUCGUCUUCAGCCCGGAUCCGUAGCAGGGCGGCCUGCGCUUCCCUACGGCCCAGUUGGGCUUCGGAGCGGCAGCGGACUUUUGUCAACAACGUUUGCCUCGAGUACUGCAACUGAGUUACGGAGCAUCAGCUGGCUUCCUGAAUGGUCCGGAGGAAACCGGAGUACCCGGAGGAAACCCACACAAACACGGGGAGAACAUACAAGCUCCGCACAGAGAGGCCCCCCGGCCAACAGGGAUUUGAACCCAGGACCUCCUCGCUGUGAGGCGGCAGUGCUACCCACUGCACCAUCCAUGCCGCGCAAACAUAUUUUACAUUAUUUCUUUUCUCAAUCUAUUACCCUCCGAAGUUAG